GUCAGAAUCUGUAACCAAACUGUGCCCGCUUAUGCAUUUGUCGGCAUGGAGUCAUGUUGGAUCUUGGAGUCAUCGCAUAGCACAAACAUCAGUCAUAUGAGCUAUCCGGACGCACUAGCUUCCAUGUCUGGGCCACUCAGAGCUAGCUGAACUUGGCUCGUCCAGAGGGAUGCCAUUUAUAACAACACAACAACAGGCAACUUGCUGACCAAGAUAUCUCAUCCAUCUAGGUUAAGAACUUACAAACAACACCUCUUCAUCUUACAGCUCAUUCAGGACCGACUUCAAGGAAAGUCAGCGACGAGAUGGGAGGCCUUGCCUUUUCAUCAGGUCCCAAUGCACUCUCGACGCCGCGCAUGAGACCUGAAGUCUACCGAGCUGUGCGCGACCGUUGUCAAGCAAAGUUGCGGGAGCUGUUCCUGGCGGUUGCGACCCCCAUCGAGGGACCUGCUAAGGAUACGUUUGGGGAUAUUGAUAUGAUCGUUGCAUAUGAUAAGUAUAGAAUCUCCCCAGUCUCAGAGCCUGAUACUUCCACUGCAUCCGUCGAAGCGCAGAAAGAGGCAGUAUCCAGAGCUCUGGGUGCGAUCCGAUGCAAGACCGAAAACCCAAACACGAUGAGCAUGGCGAUCCCAUGGCCCAAGGACUUCCCAUGUGAGGAAACAGUGCCUGAGAGCAAUGGGCCGGUGUGUAUCCAGGUAGACACCCACUUUUGCAAGUCGCUCGACAAUUUCUACUGGAUGCUAUUCAGGCAUGCGCACGGCGUGAUUUGGAACAUAAUAGGGUCCACGAUCCGACCAUUAGGACUCACGGUCGAUGAAGUAGGCUUUCACAUCCGAAUACCCGAGCUUGAAGAAAUCAAUAAGAAGAAGGCCAAGGUCUUGCUCACUACCAACUCCGAAGAGGCACUAAAUUUUCUUGGCCUCAAGUUCGACGACAAGCAGUGGGAGGAGCCGUUCGCUUCCGACCAGGAUUUAUAUGAAUAUGUAGCCACAUGCCGCCUAUUCUGGGUCAAGCGGAAAGCUGCACGCGCGAGCUCUGACGAUAAAAAUGUUGUCGAUCUCGACAAUCUCGAAAUCAAAGAAGAUGACGAAGUAGCGGAUGAUAAACGCAUGCUCAAGGCCAACGAUCGACGACGAAUGGCUCAGCGCCCCCUCUUCAAGAAGUGGAUUGAAGAAUUCCUCCCAGCAUGUCGCGUAUCAGGACGCUAUCCCUCGACCUGCCCCACGCGCGACGAAGUCCGCGAGCAAGUAUUUGGAUUCUUUCCCGGCGUGCGCUCAAUCUACUACACCACUCUCGCGAAUUGGCUCGUUGAGCGACAACGGCAGACGCUCUGGAAGGCCGUGAUCAAGCCCGCAAUUCCCGAGGAUAUCGAAGUUAACAGGAGAGGCUGCUGCGCCGCAGCGCUGAAGAAGAUUAUACUGAACGACGACACCAGAUUUGACGGCAUAGCGGCACCUUCGAACCUGAAGGACUCUAAUGGCAUCUUCGACGAGGCGCUUGUCCGCGCUUGGGUUGAGAAGAUCUGGCCGGUGGUUUCUGACAUUGCCUGGAGGAUUAAUCAGGAGCGCAGCAUGGCUAGUCAAUUACACAAGGAGGCCGCAAAGCGCACUGGUUCCGGCGAGGAGAGACCCGCUAAAAGCGUCAAACUCGCCGAGGAUCAUGUGAUGAAUUCAGAGCAGAGAACGGAGGAGCGGAUAGAGCAAGAUGGGGCGGCGGCGGCUCAUUAGACGCUUCAGCUUGAGAUCGACUGUUCGCACCACACGUGCCUCCUAUGUACUAGUCGGUCUCUCGUCCCGGACUGGGCGUCCUCGUAGGCCAGUUUCAUGACUUACGACACUAAUCAUGGCUUUUAGCCGUUAGCCAUUAUGGCUGUAUGAUGACCGAUAACUUGACUUCUCUAUGCUAGCGGCACUUAUCCUGGGACGGCGCAUGAUGCUGAGUUUUAGUUGGAUUGGAAGUGCGUGGCGUUUCUGGAGUUAAACGGCGCGCGGGAGUCGCACUCUAGGAUAAGACGCGAUCAUAUCUACAUAGCUAGAUAGCUUUCAGAGGACAUUGUUAAUUAGUCUCGCCUUAAUACAAACGCGGCUUCAUGAUUUUCUUCCAUUUCCUUCUUUCUUUACCCUGGAGUUUGGAUU